AUGUCGCACUCGCACUCACACUCACAUUGCCACGACGAGUCCGGCGGCCACGACCAUGACCACUCAGACGACAUCACGCCGGCGCUACAGUCAUCGCUGUACGAGCAAAUUAACUUUGACGAGAUCGUAACACUCAACGAAUCGCGGCGCGACGCCGGCAAGGCCAUCGUCAAGAAGACGUGGGCGGAGCGGCUAGACCUGAACCCAGAGCUGGAGAGCGAUGCCGAUGAGCAACUUCUGAUGACCGUCCCGUUCACGGCCCAGGUCAAGCUGCACGCCAUCCUCAUCCGCACCUCGCCCGCCGCGUGCGCGCCCCGGACGCUCAAGCUCUUCGUCAACCAGGAGCACCUCGACUUCCAGGCGGCCGAGGAGACCAAGCCGACGCAGGUGCUGGAGCUGGCGCAGACGUCCGAGGUGCAGGAGAUCCCGGUGCGGCGGGCGCUGUUCGGCAAGGUGCAGCGGCUGGGGCUCUUCUUCGAGGACAACUUUGGCGACGGCGAGGAGGAGCAGACGCGGGUCAGCUACGUGGGGUUCAAGGGCGAGUGGACGCGGCUGGGCAAGGCGCCGGCGAACAUCAUCUACGAGGCGGCGGCGCAGCCGGGGGACCACAAGGUCAAGGGCACGAACGUGAACGCGAUGGGGAGCGGCAUCGGUGGACGGGGACAGGGGAUGUAG